AUGAAGACUCGACGCAUUGUUGGUCCGCUAGAUCAGCGUAAAAGGCUAACACGCUGCCAGUCAUGCGCAAGACGACGUAUCAAGUGUGAAGGGGGCACCCCUUGCGAGUAUUGUAUCCGUGUGAAGAAGGACUGUCAGCCUCAAGCUGCUACAGUCCCCGAGCUGAAAUUUGUCCGCCAUUCAGUGGUACCUCAACAUACAAGGAACCUCCAGUCGCAAAUAAGCGAGAAACCCGAUAGCGUUUACCUGAAGACAUUCUUCUUGUUUCUUCAACGUUGUGAAUUUACACCUGAGUUUGCAAAACUUGGUUCUGACUUUCUGCCUCUUAUCCAAACAUGUGCACCACUACGAGAGGCAACAGUUGCGAUUGGCGCCUUGGAAAUCAGCAGGUCCCCAAGUACACGGUCUUCCGAUGAGCUUCGAUCGCCGUACCACUUUGCAUUGAAGUCAUAUAGCAAGGCACUUGCAAGCCUCCAGCAUUACAUCCAAUCACCACGCGCAUUACAUUGCCAAGGCGUUCUUUGGUGUACAUUACUUCUUGGCUUAUUUGAGCUGAUGAUCGAAGUCUCUGGUGGCCAAUGGGCUAAACAUAUGCUCUAUGGCACUUCAAAAAUACUUGAUCUUUCUGGCACCGACAAUCGUUCUGAUUAUCUCCGCUGUCAGUCUUUUGAAACAUUCAGGCUGUUGGAGGCCAAUCGAGCGAUUCUGUACGGUGAAGAUACCGUACUAUCCGACUACACGUGUACGGGCCAACAUGACCUGAUCACAUCAAACCCACUGGACGAAAUUCUGAACUUCAUGAUCAAAAUAUCCUCAUUCAGUAAAAGUUUCUUCGAUCGAAUUGAGUCAAUUCCAGAUAAUCAACGACGUGAUCAUCCAGACCUAGACAUACUGGUCACACAAAGCUGUCUUUACCAAUACGAACUUCAGUCUUGGUAUUCCCGGUGCAAUACAUCGAUCAAAUCGCCUGGACCAUAUGCAAAACUCGCAUUGGCAAGUUACCAUGCUCUCCAGUUAUUCCUCUGCAGAAAUUUCACUUUCUAUGACUGCUGGGAUACGAGAGUUUUUCCUGUUCUCACCUCCAAAGAGAUUGAUACUCAUGUCGCCAGUGUGAUCUCUUGUUGCUCUGAAAUACUCGAGUAUUCUCAUAUCGCUGGAGUGUUGGCAAUAUUUCCACUUCGAAUGGCGGGUGCGAACUCUGCAGAUUCGAGAGAGAGGAAAGAGAUUAUAAGGCUACUAGAUCUAAUAUCACAAAAAGGAUUCGUCGUUUCAGGGAGGAUUAAAGCCGAUUUAGUAGAGCUAUGGGAGUGUCAGUACUUGAACAGUAAAGAGGGGGGUCAGAGCUGA